CAGGAAUUCAAUCCGCCAUAUUGAAAGUUAAGAAGUGGAAGUGGGUCAAUCAUAAAUCUUAAUUAACGUUGUAUUUCUAUGUCAAAUAUUAAUUAUAGUAAAAGUGUUUGAAAUAUUAUAAAAAUAUUAAAUAAACUUUUAUUAGUGCAUAUAAUAGUUGACAAAGGACGUUUAGAUUUUUUUGCAAUACUUUUGACGAAUACGUCACAGCGCCAUGUUGUAUUCCUGCGCUGAUUGCAGGCACGAGAAAUCUGCCAACCCGUUUAUUUUUUGGGAUUAGAGCCCGAGAAUAAAUCGAACUGCGAUUUUGUACUCAAAUAUAUUUUAAUUUAUAUUUGUUGGCAAAUGUCAAACAUCUCAAGUGAAAUCGAUGCAUCCCUGUUGUCGCAUUUCAAGUGCUAACUCCUAAUUUCAACUGCAGUUUAGUGCAUCCGCGAAAGUUGAAAGGACUGUGUUGUAAAAGAAAGAAGUGAUAAUUAGCCAAAAUUCCGGUCCCUACGCGCUGCCGAGAAGGUCCUCUCCCGCCGGGGCAGUCGGGCGAAGGAGAUAUGAACAACAAACGAAAAAAUCGCCAAGGCCCGCCGAGAUCGCCCCGAGGCCGCCUAGUGGCGGAGGGGGUAUACAACAACGCGCACUUUAUGCAUGCCGUCACCGCGCACGUGGGCGACGUCGUGCAGGUACUCACGCAGUCGGGCAACCAGUGGGAGGGCGUGUUCAAGACUUUCAGUGCCCAGUUCGAGGUUGUAUUAGAAGUGGCGCACCGCGUAGACCAAGAGGGCGUGGUGGCAGUGGAGUCAGUGGUGGAGAAGCUGAUCUUCAAGCCGCAGGACAUAGUCUCCAUCCGAGCGAAGGACUCGGACCUGGAGUACGCCACACACGACGUGUUUCAGACUGAUAGCGCUAUAUCUAACAAGUUUAACGGUAACGGUAGAUCAGUAGAGGACAGGCUACUGGAGCCGUGGGACGGGUGCGAGCCGGAGGCCGACGCGCCGUCCCUGAACGGCGACGUGCGGCUCGACGACCUGGAGCUGGACCACCGCGCCAACGGCUGGGACGCCAACGACAUGUUCCGCAAGAACGAGGAGGUGUACGGCGUCCACAGCACGUACGACCACUCGCUCGCCGGCUACACGCUGCCGCUGCAGAGGAAGGACACGCAGGACUAUAGGGACGCAGAGGCGAAAGCGGAGGAGAUAGCGGCUGAGAUAGAGAGCACGCCGUCGUACAAGGCGCGCAUCGAGCUGGAGAACGGCGACGAGGAGGAGAGGUUCGCGGCCGUGGUGCGCGACUCCGGCAAAUACGUCAUACCCAGCAGGAGGAAGAACAUGCAGACUGGUAAACUAGUGAAACCUACAAACAACAACGGCGGGGGCGCGUCGCCGAGCGGCGGCGUGGCGAAGCCCCCGGCCUUCGCGCACGCGCCGCCCAAGGACAAGGAGCACCGCCCGCCGCGGCAUCACCUCACGCCGCCCUCGGACCGGAGGCCUGAGGAACCGCCGGUGCAGAGUCCAGUGUCCACAAACGCGCCGCCCAGCGUGCCCAACCCGGGCCCGCCCAGCAACCCGGGCGCGGGCGCGGGCCCCGCCGGCGGCAAGAGCUACGCGGCGCAGGCAGCCGGCUACCACUCGCCGCACGCGCCGCCCUUCCCGCACCACGCGCAUCCGCACGCGCACGCGCCGCACCCACCGCACGCGCCGCACGCACAAGUGCCGAGCGGGAAGCUAAACGGAGAGCCUCGAGUGGCGCCACUGCCGCGGCAGGGGUUUCCACCACAUCACCACCACAACCCCCCGCCGGGGGUGGAGCACGCGCGACCGCCGCGACAUCACGCACCGCCGCCGGAGCCGCGCCGGCAGGACGAGGUUCAGGAGCUACGCAAAUUCGGACAGGAGUUCAAACUAGUAUCCUCGCCAGCGCCGUCCGCACCGCCGCCGCAAGUUCCGCCGCCGCAGCCGCAGCAGCAGCCGCAGCCGCAGCCUCAACCGCAACCCCAGCCUCAACCACAAUCUCAACCGCAACCACAGUCCCAGCCACCCGUCGUCUCAGUACCGCCCCCGCAACAGACGUCCGGGACGUCGAGUCCGCCCGAAGUGUCCGCGAACGUGGGCGCGCCGUCGUCCCCGCCCAAGCGCGAGCGCGUGCACAAGCCGCACGCGCCGCACCCGCACGCGCCGCACCCGCACGCGCACGCGCCGCACCCGCACCCGCACGCGCCGCACGACAGCGCGCCGCCGCCCGCGCCCGUGCCGCUGUCUACCCCGGCGCCGCCGCCGCCGUCCGCUCACCAUAAGCCCCCGCCCGUGCCGAAGCCCGAGGAGCCCGCCGCGGAGGAGCGCUCGCCGGCGUCCAGCUCGCCGCCGUCGUCCGCGUCGCCCGGCGUGGAGCGCGCCGUGGCCGUGGCGCUCAAGAAGAGCACGCUCAACCCCAACGCCAAGGAGUUCAGCCCCAGCGCUAAGCCCUUCACCCCCAGGAGCCCCACCACGCCCAGCCACAGCAGACCACACACACCGGGCACGCCGGUGGGCGUAGGCGCGGGUGGCGUGGGAGUGGGCAGCAUGGGCGUGGGCAUGGGCAUCGGCGGCGUCAACGUCAUGGGCGCUGGCGUCAGUUACGUGCCCGCGCCGCCGCCGCCGCCGCACAUGAUGACCGCAGUACCUUACGCGAUGCUGACAGCGGCGGCCGCGGCGGCACAACAGCCUCCCGCCUACAUACCGCAUCCCCACCCCUUGUAUGGCGCAGCGAUGGGCGGCAGCGCGGCGGUGGCGGGCGGCGCCGGGCAGCACGCACCGAUGCAAGCGCAGCCACAGAGAAACUUCAGGAAAGGUAAUUACCGCUCGUGGUCGGGCUCCGGCGUGCAAGUGGCGGCGGCGACGGGCCAGCCGCUCCUGGCGCCGGCGCCCAUGCAGCCCUUCAUGCCCUACCCGCACCCGCACCCCGCGCACCCCGCGCCGCAGCCCGCCAUACAGUACCAGCACAUGGUGCGUAUGUACCACCACGGCAGCAGCAUGGGCGGCGUCGGCGGGAUGGGCGUCGGCGUGGGCGGAGUAGUGGGCGCGGGCGGCGGCGUCGGCGUGGGCAGCGGCGUGGGCGAGUACGCGCCGCCCGCGCAGUCGCCGGCCGCGCCGUCCCCCGCGCUGUACCCGCCGCCGUCGCCCGCGCACACGCCGCACCCGCACCCGCACCCGCACCCACACCCGCACCACCACUACCAGCAGCCGCCCUUCCAGGUGCUGUGCCCACUGAUGGGCCCCGGCGGCGCGCACCACCACCACCACCACCCGCACGUGGCGUACCUCAACCACGCGCCGCCCACCGCCAGCCCGCCGCACCACCCACACCCCGUUCAACAAGUGUUGCUGCCCCCGCAGCACGGCGCGGGCGGCGCGAGCACGCCGGGCGUGCACUCCACGCACCCGUAACCCGUGCGCCGCCUCCGCGCCCACCGUCGAUACUGAGCCGCGCCCGCGUCGCACGCGCUGCAUUUAGAGUACUACCCGCGGUACUGACGUUCUGUGUGACCUGACACCGCGAGUGCUGUGAACGAGUGUCGUUUGUUUGUCGUCCAAUAAGGAAAAAGACUUUAAAGUGCAUCAGUAUUUUUGUUUCGUGUCUACCCUCAAUUAAAGCAAAAUCUUUUUUUGUUAUCUGACUACCCGCGCUUUUUUUGCAACAGUUUUAUUUUCUCUAUUUUUUUCUUUUGUUAUGAAUAUAUUUAUGAAAAUUUCAAACGACAGUUUCUAUAUAUAUCACGCUUACUCAUUGUCUGAAAGUCGUUGUUAAAUAUGACGUAGUUAUGAGAUUUUUAAUAACAGUACUUUGUGUUUUAACUUCAUCAUUUUGCUGAAUUAGUUAAACAAACGAAUGAUUCAUCUAUAUUAUAACCUUGAAAUUGUGUUUUAUUUGAGGGUAGUAUCCAUAUUGUGUUUUAGCAUAGUAAGCUAUUGAGAUUUUCAUGUCAAUAUAUCGACUAUUAUCGAUACUACUUCGAAUCGAAAUAAUUUAUAAGUUUGUUUUAAUCAUCCCGAUCAUAAAAGCGAUGACCAUACAAUCGAUUUCUCGAUAUACUGAAAUGGGAAUCUUGAUGAACUUUGUUAUUUAAAAAUUGUGUGUACGACACAAUGUGUACUUUAAGAUGAAUAUUAUAAGCAAUAAUACAGCAUACGAUGUACUUGUGAAAACGUUUAAAGAUGGCAACAACAAUGGCAAUGUCUGUCUGUCUACUGUGUAAUGUAAAAAUAUUCUAAAUGCAGACAAAGACGACGCAACGCGAACAUUCUAGGUGUUUUUCAAAUGUAAAUAUAAAAGAGAUAGAGCUAAUAUAUUGUAUAACUUCUAUAUAGAGUUUAUAAUUUAAAUCAUAUUACACAUUUUUGAGCAAACGAAACAAUCGACAAUAUGCUCUACACUAUAAUUAUUUCUAUUUCAAUUUUUAAAAAUACAUGAGCGAAGUUUGACCUUUAAAUGAAGAAAAUCUUUUCAAAAAUAUUCACCAUAACUUUGGUCAUACUUAAAUUUUUUUAAGAUAAUUUUUUGUCUAAUAUCUAAGAUCGCCAAUAAAUUAUUUUGACUUGUAAAUAAAUUUUGAAGUAUUUAAUAAAUACUUACAUUCAUACAUUCAUAAUUAUUUACAAAGACUUUUCUCGAUAUCUACAACAGAUUUAUUAUAUGAUCAAAAUAAGAAACAAUACUAAAUUAGUAUUCAUAAAAAGCACUCGAAUUUCUAUCCAGCCAGAUAGCAAUUAUAACGAGUAAAUCAAAUAAAUAUUUUCAAGUAAAUUAAAUACAGUAUCAACAAAUAAAUAAACUAAAUCUCAUACUGUCAAAAUUUUAACGUGUCGAAUUUGUGACUAAAAGUAAAAAAUAUAACAGAAAGUGAAAGUGAUUUUAUGUUGCUCGAUAUUGCUAUAACGACAUUAUUGUAUCAUUUUUAUGGUGUUGAAAUACCGUAAUAUGUAUGAUAUAUAUCGAUGUAUUAGCUCUAUCUUAGAAAGCACACUUGAAAUGUGAACGAAAAGUAAUAAUUAAGAUGCCUUACCGUAGUGUAUACGUGUAUCGCAAGUCAUUGGUGGACCUUAUAUUUAUAAAUCCGAGUAUUAUAUACAUACGAACAAAGUUAGGUUGGCAACACUGGUGUGUAUUUGUCUAUGGUCACGCCGCGAAUGCUGAAAAUGCAGCGGUUAUGAUUUUAAGGUAUCCUAUAUCCAAACACGAAUACUUGGUAUUUUUUUAAUAUUACGAAUGUAGAAAAACCCUUUUUUUUUAAAUAUGACCAUUUUCCUGUUCCCCCUCCAAUUAGUCAGAACUGACAGUUAGGAGUGGGCACAAAAGUCCCACGGGCAGGGAUCGAAUCACUACCUCUCUGUUAUGAAUCCAGCCUCUUAACCAACUGAACUAUUGAGGUUUAUGUUUAUAGCAAUGUAUGGGAUUUCUAUAGUACGAUUAUUAAUUCCAGUCAGUAAAAUGACAAGUGCAACUGUCACUGAUAUGUCAGUUUACUGACUGGAAUUAAUGAUCUAACAUACAAUUAAUCUUACUUAAGAUCAUUAAUUCCAAUCAGUAAAAUGACAUUUCAAUGAUAGUUGCAUUUGUCAUUUUACUGACUGAAAUUAAUAAUCGUACUAUACUUGUAUUCUGACGUAUAUUCUGACGUCAAAAAACUUGUUUAUCAUUUGAUUGUGUAAAAUAAAUCGCAUAUUAUACCGAUACAGAAAGACUUCAAUAUAAUAAAUCCGUGACAUUGUUAAUUGUUAUUACUUGUACUGGGUAUACAUAUCUUAGUGUUGCCAACUUCGGAGUUUGUUUGUUACCAGUGUAAAAAAAAUCGGUUUUAUUAAGAGCGGCGGCGAUUGAUGCAUUAUGUAAGUAUAUUUGUGUGAACGGUAUGAUGUAUGCAAGGGUGUCUGUGUGUCUGUCCUUGGCACCAACGAAAGACAUCGCCAAGGAGAGAUGUGUAUUAUAGGUAGAUAAAUUUUUCCUUGGGCUGGCGGAAUUAAAAAAAAACUCAAAAUGGUCUUUAUAACCUGAUAAAAUAUGGUCCAAUUAUAUUUGUUUUUUUUUUUUUUUGGGAAAGAUUAAGAAUAUGCAUAAGAUAGCCAUCCUUUUCACUAUGUUUCCUCUGGAAAGAGUUGGCUUUACUUUUCAAAAGUUUUAUGAUUUCUUUGGUGAGAGUUUUGAAUUCCGUCGGCCGUCUUGUUUCCUGAAACGUUACCUUAACGGUUGCGUUUGUAUUUAUUUAGCUAUACGUUAGUGUUAAUGUUUCCCGCGCGAAUUGACGCGAGAACUGUCAAUUAUGCACUGUCAAGUGAUUUCAAGGUUUAUUGUUAUCUGUGGACUUACUUAUUUGAAUAGUUUGCGUUAUCUAUGGAUGGUUCAGUGUUGCUAGUUUAACUGAGGAAUUGGAGAUAACGAUUUUUAAUUUAAAUUUAAACUUUAAACGAAUAAUAAUAUUCACUAUUCCUUCCAUAUUAUGAUAAUAAAUAACAAUAAAUUAAACUGAAAUCAAAAAUGCCGUAGAUUUGUCUUUAAAGUGGCAACUUUAUAGAUUUUUAUUUAAUAAAUAACGCAUUUAUUUAUUUCGUUAUUUAUUAUUAUUUAUUAAACUGCCUUUAAUGCUCAGUUAAACUAUUAUAAAAAAAAAACCUACUUAAGUCUUUAAUUUUAUAUCAAAAAAAAAAAAUAAGCUGAAUAAUUCUUAUACAUAUAAGAUACUCUACUAGCACUAAAUAUAUAAUAAUAUAUUUAUUACAUAUUUAUUUCUACGCAAACUGCCUAUGAGAUGUGCUGCUGCGUUGUUGAGGCCCGCGUGUGUGUGGUUAGUGCAAAUAGAAUUGACAAUAAAAAGAAAUUGAUAGAUAUAGGUAACGCGUGAGAGCACUUGUGCACUGUCUUAUAUGACUCCGAGAAAAAAAUCACCGGCUUAUUAGCCGAAAUUAAGUCUUACCGCUGCCUGUAUUUCUUCAAUAAUUUUCGGUCACGCUUUCGAGUAGUGCACAAGUGCUUUAACCCGGGAAUUAUUACACCAUGACGGGGGUUUUGAGUCUUGUGCUGAUCGCACAGUGCACUCGCCGCGAAGGCGACGCAUUUAAGAAGGGAAUAUUGUAGAAACCGUGUAAAGUGACGUCAUCACAUUGGACGUCAUACCUGAACAUGGCAAUAGGCUAGUUGACGCAUUUUUUUAAAUGGUUUUAAAUAGUUCAUUACCGUUAUAUUUGACUAAAGAACAUUUUUCAUAUUUUUUUGAGACGUGAUUAUAUGAAAAUAUUAGUUUUUUAAUAUGUUUUGGACAAUACGAGCCAAAACGCCUUUCGACCAUGACAGUCUAUAUUUCAACUGUUUCAUGACGUCACUACAAUAAAUCCCAUACAAAUAGAGCGUUUGACAAAAAUAUAGUUAACAAUUAAUUCGACGUUUAGUAAAUCAUGGGUGUUAGUGUCGUCACAAAAUGGACGACAGCGUUAUUGACGUUUGGAAAAUUUGAAAAAAUACGUGGUAUUUAAAUUAAAUUUUAAAUGAAAUCCUUAACUCUUAUUAAUUGGUAUCGAUAUAUUUCGGGCCCUUAUUCCAUGUACUACACGAAAUUAAUAUUGUUUAUAUUAAGUUUGAUAUGAGUCAUCUGCCUUAUUGUGAAAUUGCGUCGCUUUCGAUGCGCGCUGCAUUGUAAAAUCAGCCUUAUUGCAACAGGAAACGGCUCAAAAUGUCAUUUUGUCGGUCAUGGAAACUAUAAUUACAUAAAUUUAACGUGUAAAUAAAAUAGGGCGUUCGGAUCACUAUCGCAAGCUUGAUUGUUUUUACAUUUUCGUGCCCGGUCCUGGGAAAUAAUCGUAAAAGAUCAAUAAAAAUUAUAUAUAACUUGGGGGUAGUUACAAAAUAACGAUAAAUAAUAUAAGAAGAUAUAAAAACGUAGAUAUAACAGUAUUAUUUGUUCCAAAAAAGUAAGUUUUUUUUCAGAAACAACACGAAUAAAGUGCAGAAAAAUAGUCAAUCGCUUGUAUAUUAUGGGUAGCUUACACAUUUCCAAGUUGCAGCUACUGUUACACGUCUGCUUCUUCGUACAAAAUAUAUGAGCCACUUAAUUUCAACAUUUUUGGCCUGUCAGGGCACAUUUUUAAUGAAUCACUCUCGUUGCCGGUCUAACGGAAUCCCGGAAUUAUUUGCUUACAGCUCGUGAGAUGGCAUUUGUACGAAUUAUUGUUAACGGCUAAGUUACGUUUGAAGUUAAAAAGUUUAUUUUUGAUGAAUGGUAGUGUCUACAGACACUGUCACUAACAAGUGUAACUUGGCCAAUAAAUUCAUUGGUACAGAAUAUGCAGAUUCUUAUAUAUCCACUGUUUUUACUUAUCUCAAAUUAAUAGACGCAUCUUGUUUCAGUUACUUACAUGAGUUAUUGGCGAAUUUUCGCCCUUUUUCAAUUCUAUGGCAGCUUUUAGCAAUGACAGUAGCUGUUGUAUUGUACAGCCAGCAACUCGCUAUGAUGUUGUUAUACUCAGAGGCACAAUUAUCCGCCCACUUUAGUAUACUCGCGUCAUAUUAAAGAGGGCGGAUAAUUGUGCCUACGUACACUGCGUAUAAUAAGGACCGGGCACUGUACAGCAAUUUGGUUAUGCAAACGAAUCAUUUUUUUUCCGAUGCGUAUAAAUUUUCACACUUUGCUUUAUUAUUUUUAUUUAAUAAAUAAUAAUCAGUUUAAUAUAUGAAAGCUUAAGUUUAAUAAAUGAUUUUAAUAGAAUGUUUAAUAUAUAACCAAGAAUAUAAAAAUAUAAGUGGCCGUAAACCACAUGUAUGUUUUCAGUAUAAUAUUUUCUAAUGGGCAUUAAUUUCUUACGUGCAUUGAUAUUAUAAAGAUAUAGAUAGGGUAUUUAUAUUAUUGAAAUAAAAAAAUCUCAAAUUAUAGUACAUUCCUAUAGAUUAUUAUUAUCAUCGAUUAAAUGUAAAGGGGUUGUUGAAUAAACAAGAACGAAUUUGAUUAAAAAUUUUGUCAAAAAGAAUUAUACAAAAAAUACCUAAAUAUCCUAAUGAUUAAAAAAAUAUAAAUAGAUAUUGAAUAAAAAAAGCACGCCGCAAUGACAAAUAGAAAAUAGUAUAUUGAACAAAGUAUAUAAUAUGUAAAACUUAGGGGACCCCCUAAAAACGAAGGCGACCAAAGUCGGUACAUCCUACCGUAUCAUAUUCGGUUUCUAUUUACAGGGUAGGUAACCUAGUUUGGGGCCAGACGCGUCUGUGAAUGUUUGUUUGUUUGUUUGUUAUAUAUGAAGGGGGGCUAGUCCAUGACCUCCGCGCGGUGCUCCCUGGGUAGCGCCAAAUGUGGACAUCACAUUCACAUUUCUUCCAAAUUUGUCGAGGGCACGCGCAGAAUGACGUCAAAUUGUGUGGCUGGUGAAAUUGAAACUGUUAUCGAACCCUUACAAUGGGCGUGCUGUGUCUUUAAUACCCCAAUGCAUUCUUAAAUAUUUUUGGUCAUGUAAAAAUUGGCACAAAACUGUGCCUUGCAUGAUACACGUUUCCUUGUGCUUUUAAAUGAAUCUUUAUUUCAUAUUGUACCAAAAAAUAUAAUAUGUUUUUCAUGUUGAUUAAGACAUACAUCAUUAUGAGAGUAUGUACAUUAUGCACUGUAUAUAUCACAUAUGGAAUCUUUGUAUUAUAGAAGUUCAUUGCUUAUGAAUGUUUGAUAACAGUCUUAAUAUUCUUUUGUGUAGAGCAUUUAUUUAUAGAGCCACUUAAAUCUAGGGAUAUUGUGCCCUUUUUCGUGAACUUUUUGCCCAGUUCCUAUAAAUGACAUUAUGUUAUGAAACAUUAUUUUAUUCAUAAAAAGUUAAAAAAGAGAAACAUAAAGAAAGGUUUCAUGUACCGUUGAGUAGAGCUUACGAUACGAUCUUUCGUAAUGACCGGAAAAACACCGCGAGUAUGUAUUCGAAAGAAAAACGAUUCGUUUUUUACGUAUAGGAACGGGUUAAUAUUGUUCAAUGAGCGAUUAAACGUUUAUUACUUGAGAUUACAAUACUCAUUAAUUCAUUAAAUAUUUAACGAAUAAGUUGUCGCCGUUGAGCUCUGUUUACUAUUAUUUAUGAUUCGUUUGUAAAGAGAAAUUAACGCGUAUUAUAUAAUAAACUAGGUGUACGUAUUGUAAUAAACGCACUUAGUAUACAUAAUUAUUUGAUAUAUAAUAUGAAGAGAUUGAUGAAGUAUCUAUAAAAGAAAUUCCUAAGUCCAUAGAUAGUCUAAGAUAGUUGUACAAUUGUACAUAUUAUGUAUAUAUAAGAAAUAUUAAAGGCUCGAGCCCUUUCCCGAAACGGCUUCUAUUCGUGUAUAAUUUGUGAUGUAUAUUAUAUAAUAUUCUAAAAAAAAAUCACAAAAAAAUAUGGAAUGGGCCUAUAUGACCCGUACCGCGGUGUUCACUUGUUAGACGUAGGAUUACUUCGCUCGAAGACCUUGGUAUGGGUCGUUCGUAGUUUGUACUUUUUUUUUUCUUUGUUUUAUUUUUUUUUAUUAAAUUUUAUUAUCGCGUGAAUGCGUUCAGCGCGAAUGUUUGUUGCUAGUGACGUGAGUGAGAGAAAAUUCUAUGUGCGUUUGUUCUUUGUUGUACGCCAUACAAAUUAAUAUGAAAUAUUAUAUCCAUAUAUAAUUUCGUGUCCCAUCACUAUUUUGGAGGAUAGGUCUUGUUUUAUGGUAGUGUUAUUAAGACACAAUAGAUCGCUAUAUAAUCUAACGUAGAGAUGUUCUUUUCUUGUUUCGGAAUAAAAAUAAGAAGCGGAGGUGUAUUCACCGGUUUACCGAUUUUGUUACACGCUCGGUUGUGACUUUGUAUGAAUAAACAACCGAAAACAUUUUAUUUGUAAACGUUUUGAAUGUUCAUUUAUUUUUGUGAAGGCGGGGUCACAUCGUGGUUGUCUUAACGUAUUGUAGUGUUAACAUUCGUAUAAGUUAUUUAAGCGUUCACAAUAUGAGCGCUGGCAAGAAUAUAUAAUAUAUAGUAUAUUAUAUACCUAUAUAUAAAUGAAUAAUUCCUUUUGAAAAUUUAGUUCACUUGUGAUAGUCGUAAAAAAUAUUUGUAACCAUUUUCGCGGAGAAAUUUUUAUACAAAAUGACUUUUUGGUGUGCGGAAAGAUCAUUUUAUAGAUUUACAUUGUAAGUAAUUUUUGGGGGUCGGAUGUUUUUUUGGAAAAUAUGUAUAUUGUGAGCCCGCAAACAUUUGCAACGAAAAUGUAACAUUUUUGUUUACUGCUUGUAACUAGAAAUUAUAAAUACAACUUAUUUAGGGGGCGCUCUCACUACAGUAUAUCCAUGUUUUGAUGGGCUACUUUUGACAGACUUUUCUGAUAAUUUUACUUACAUGAAACUAAAAAUAAACCUAAAUGGGUAAAUCCAAGGUAAUGCCCAACCUUUAUGCAUGAAAUAUAAAUGGCACUAAAUUUACAAAAAUGACGAUUUAGUGUAAUUUAAAAAAAAUACAUAGGCAAUUAGUAAAUCAUAACAUUCAUACAUCGAUCUCCUAUUAAAAAGUGGAUGCACAAUCAGCGACCAAAAAACGUCCCCACUCAAUGAGUGCCAAACACAACUUUUUGGCACUCAAUUCAAGUAGUCGCAUUUGCAAAUUCAACCUUAAACUUGAUCCUUAAGGUUGAAAUUGCUCUGAAUUUGGGAUUUUAUUGAAUAUUGAACUAUAUUUAAAGGCCUUUAGGUAUAAUUUUCUUUACCAAUAAUUCUAAAACUGUCAAAGCAAAAUUGGCCAGUUUUUAAGUGAACUUUUCUACAUGAUUGUGCGUCCUUUUAUUAUAAGAGGUCGCAUUCACACUUUAUGUUUUUAUAGAUAUUGAAAAGCUUUUUAAUGUUGAACACAUUUCAGUGUUCAAUAAUGUCUAGAUGAAAUAAUGAAUUUUAGACUCGCGAGCGCCCUUAAAGUUAAUUAUUAUCACUACUCAUAUAAAAAAAAAAUGUCUAUUAAAAUGGUUGUACAAAGGCCUGCGUACAUAGUUUGCGGCUACUCGUUUGAUAAGUAAACACUUGAUACUGUUUUGUAUGGAACUUGCAUGAUAGAAACCCCUUUUUAACCAACUUCAUAUAUUGUGUUGACAUGAAUUUUAUGUGUGUUCUUCGAUGAUAACGUUUUAAAAGUGGUGUUUAACUUGACUAUAAUUUGAGUUUAUUUACAAGGAGCUGCAAACUGUGUGAAUAAUGUAAACCAUAGCCGGUAACAAGUAAUUAGUUUGUUUGUGCAACUAUAUAAAUAUGUAUAAUACUGUAUAUAUUAUGUAGUAUGUAUCAUAAGAAUUUUUUUACUACAAUACAAAACUACAAAUGAAUUUAUAAAUUCCUAAAAUUACAUAUAUAUGUUACAGAUGGAUGCCAAAUAUUAUAUUAACAUGUACGUUAAUUUCAAUGUUCUUUUUUAUAUGUCUAUGUACAUAUACAUAUAUAUAUAUCAUAUAUAUAAAAAUUGACAAGAAAGUUUGGCUCUUAAGAUGAAAAAAUACGGAUGGUAUAAAAUUUUGAAAAAAAAAAGCAUGUACACUAUGAAUAAAGUAAUUGUUCUAUAUGUUAUAAUGAAAAGCCAUUUCUUUUGUCAAAAAAGGUGAUGUAUGUGAAAAAUGACUUAAUGGUUGGUAGAGUUAUCCCCAAACUGCAUGAAAAAGAAAGUUUAAGAAAUUAAAUUAAUCAAUAUUAAAUUAUCACGUGCCUUGACCGAAACAUUGCAAAUUGAUUUGAUGUUACAACUCGUGCGUAUUAACUUGACGCCUGGUUGUAAUGAUGUUUGUACUAAGAUUUGUAUGGAUCUGCUUGGUAGCCAGGUGUCAAGUUAAUGCGCACGGGUUAUAAUACAUAGCUGCUUAGCUUGUACACAGAGCUACAAACUUAAUUGACAGAUCUAAAAAUGUUGUUAACAUACACGUCAUGUUCUUUGAAAUAAAGAACAGAACAGAAGAAGAUGCACUAUUACUGCACUAGACUGUCAAUUUGGUUUAUAAAAUUUGUAUUGAACCGAGUGUACACCUUUCAUGUUUUAACGUAUUCUCAUGUUAAGAUGUCAUUUGCAUUAUUUUUUUUUCUAAUUUUUAGUACAAAUGUUGAACAAUGUUGCCUAUAAAACUUUAAUGCUCAGAAGUUAUCGUAGCAAUUUUUUUUCUUUAUUUUUCACAAAAAAUAAAUUGAAACAGUCCGCCUAAAUAGUACUUCCGGACUGUUUCGAAUUUUUGAUGAGAUUUUGAUUAAUAUUUUUAAUUAAUUAUUUUUUUAAAUUUUAAAGCGGAAACAUCCUUUGUAAUCCUUAACCCUUUAUCAACAGUGAUCCUAAAUACUAAUUUCAAUGUAGGUAUGCAACUAAAUUGACUACAGAAAAAGUAGUGCCAUUAAUCAAUUUCAAAUAUUUGAAGUAAAUUUUUUCACAUUGAAUGCUCAGAUGAUGCAGAACCAAGUGAAAUUUUAUAUUUGACUAAUUGUUUCUUUGGCUACUAGUUCAAAUACUACUCGUACAUCAAAUGAAAUUCUUGCCAUGAGAAUAUGAUAAAGACAAAAUUUAAAAAAUAUGAAAGGUACUUGAAAAUUUAAAUUUUUUUUUAUGUAACUUUUUAAUUUGCUGAGGAACUUUAUUAUAUGAUUACAUACAGCUUUAGUAAUAAUAAUUCGUACCCACCAAAAGAUGGCACUUAUUAUAUUGCGAAUGUAAAUAUUUUCACACUGUACGACAGGGUUAUGUUGUAUACAUUUUUGCAGACAUCGAUUGUUUAAUGUAAGUUCUCCGCAACAUUGAAAAAUGUCAAAUAAUUGUUACAGCAUAAACACGCAAGAUUUAAUGUCAAUUUGGCUAAUGAAAGUAGAGACUGAAAUAGUCCGCAAAAUUUAAAAAAUCAUUUAAACAAAUUAAAUAAACAUGCGUUUUUAUAAUUUGUUAUUUCUUUUUUUGUGUAUACAUCACUAUACUAUAUAUACUAUAAGUAUUAAACUCAGUUAUUCCAAUAUUUGCACUAUAGUUUUGAGAAUUUACUCCGAUUUCUUUUUUAUUUGGCGGGUGAUUUCUGCUUUCUACUUUCAUUAGCCAAACACUGUGUUUUUAGUUAUUUUACCCCUGACAUGUAUUUCGAUCGAUAAUAAAUUACGCCAAAACUAGUGAUGACUAGUAACAAAGUGGUAUAAAAUGACAUAGGUAAAAUAACCGAAAGAAAUGUAAUCGCAUGGGUCAGACAUUUCAUUUGCAAUCUGAAGAGAUGUCAAUUAGUUUGAUGUCAAAUUUUAAAUUCCAAAAAUUAGAAAAUUUUAAAUUUUAUGUUUGACUGUAUGUAUAUUUUACAAAUAUGUAAACCAAAAACUUUUAAAAUUCAAUUUAGUCCUCACAAUGAAGACUAUAUUGAAUUUGAAAGCCUUUAGUUAGCUGUCAAAGGCUUUUUAAUAUAUUUUUUUUUGUCAAAGAAGGCCUUAACCGUUUGGUUAUGUCUUCAUCAAGUGGUGAAUUGUCGUGUACAGCGAUCACCACAGCUCUGUUAGCUAUCUGUAAAAGGCCCCCUACAUCUUGCGAUUGUUGUCCGACUGUCGGAUCGUGUAAAGGGUCCUUAAUGUUCGACUAUUCCGUAGGGCUGCUGUUUUGUGUUAUUAUUCCUAAUGCCUUAUUCGAUUUGUAGCCCUGAGGGCUGUUGUGAAGGUAUUACCAGCUCGGUCCGUGCCACCUUUGUGGUAUCCUGGUGCCGUAAAAUGACAGUCUGCAUCAAAAUGGGGGCCACAUGUGAGUUUAUUUUGCGCAAACAUUUGGACAAAUUUUGUGGAAAAUUUAAAAGUCUGUAAAGUGCGUUUUUAUAUUUGAUACAGUUCCUAUUUAAAUAUUUACUUAUCCCUAUAAAAGAACUCGAUGACUAUAUUAAUUCUUACCUUUUUAACGCAUUGUAAUAAAUGUUUUAGCAUUCCAUGGAUUCACCGUGCGAGUGACGGGUCCAUCGUAGUACAAUAUUAGAUACAGAAAAAUAUUACAUUACAAAUGGAAUAUUUUGAAGCAAAAAAAGUAUGCAAAAGACUACUUUGCUUGUAACUUAAUUUUAAACUUUCAAUAGUUUCUUUAUUUGUUGCCCUGUUUAAAGUGGAAGCUAUCUGAAAACUCCACCAAGCUGUAUAAUUAUGUAUUUUUAUAUAGCUAUAGCGCAAGGCCAGUUUUGGAACCCUCGGAACUUUUUAAGUUUUUUACCACCAACAACGUUUCAAAUGUGCUUGUAACCAAGCUUAUUUGAAAUAAAUUAAUUUUGAAUUUGAAUUUUAUAUUUGUUGAAAUGUUUGCGCAAUGUUACCCACAUUUGACUGGUUUGAUCAAAUGUUUGCGCAAUGUUACAUUUGUUUCCGUCGGGCGACAGGGUGCCACACUGAGCGGCGGGAUUGUGUAAGACUGAAAGAGAUGUGCGGUUUUAUAUGAAGCAUGUAUAAAUGUAUGAUGAAAUGAUGCUUGGCUUGAGGUCGUUAUGAUUUGAGGUGUGAUGCUUGGCGAGCCGGGACGGCGCCGUUUUACUAUGUCGAGUGACGCGUACAGCUGUGUCAAUAUUUUUAAAUAAAAAAUUAUUAAAAAAUGUGUUUUGAACACAACA